CGAGCUGUCAGUGGACAGAACGGGGCAGGUACCACAAACUGUUCUCUUAACACCGUGAGUUCAAAUCCACACACCUCAGAGCGGCUGCAGGAGCAACACGCACCGAGGAGAGCGGCGUCCUCUCCCUGGGACCGAAGCAGAGUUACAGGUUCCAAACAUGCCGUAAGUUUGGUUUCCUCAUUUCUUCUGCGAAUGUUUGCUUAGUAAAUGUUUUCGGUGAAGCUGAAGGAUAAUUGGUUCCAGGAGUCACCGCACGCUUCACACUGUUUAUCUACUGGAGGUGAUUCACACACUGGACGGACAGGUUCUCACAUUCAGCUGUUCUCCCUCUCGGCUCUCAGUAUCUGUCGUGUGGACCAGAGAAGCUUUCAGGUGUGAACUGCACCGGUAACAGACUCGCAGCUUCUCACCCCGGUGGGUCAGAGGCCCCGAGGCGACCCGGCCCACAUGGAGGCCAGCCUGUCCGGCCUGUCCUCACUGAAGGACGAGGACAGGCCGCUCUACAUCCAGCCCCACUACAAGGAAACCUACCGCCUGGCCAUCUAUGCCCUGCUGUGCGGCGGCAAGGAGGCCUACGAGGACUUCCUGCGGGCCGAGCAGAUCAGCCACUUCCUGUCCCAGGAGGAGAUCUUCUUCAUCCUGGAGAAUGCAGAGGUGCCGGUGGUGGAGGACGAGGCGGAGGUCACCCGGCCGGGCCCGGACGAGGGCAGCCCCUCCACCUACUUCCCCACGGAGUCGGACGAGGAGGUGCCGGACCUGGACCUGGGCUGGCCCGAGGAGACGCAGGGGGGGGCGGACACCAGCAUCAGUCUGCUGUUCCACCCCCCCAGAGAGGACACGCCCACCAUCAAGGAGGUGGUCCGCAAACAGAUCCAGGAGGCGAGGCAGAUUGUUGCCAUAUCGAUGGACGUCUUCACCGAUGUGGACAUCUUCAAAGAGAUCGUCAGUGCCACGCUGCGGGGGGUGGUGGUCUACAUCCUCCUGGAUGAGUCUCAGUUCAGGAGCUUCCUCACCAUGUCGCACAGGGUGGGCGUCAACAUCCAGGACCUCAAGAACAUUCGGGUUCGGACAGUCCAGGGCCAGCAGUACCAGUGUCAGUCGGGGGUCAAGUUUCAUGGAGUUCUGGAGCAGAAGUUUAUUCUGGUGGACUGCAGAACAGUUUUAUAUGGAACUUACAGCUUCACGUGGUCCUAUGAGAAGAUCAACCUCAGCAUGGUCCUGGUGGUAACCGGUCAGCUGGUCUGCUCCUACGACGAGGAGUUCCGCCGACUGUACGCUCGCUCCACGGUUCCUCCCGUCCUGUCCAGGGAGAAAAUAUCUGUCCCCUACCUGAGGGACUCCGUGGCCCUGAAGAGUCCAAACUCCAGCCAACUGUCCCUCCACCAACUUCACAUGAACCCCAGACUGAUGCACGGCAUCAGAAGCCCUCCGGAUGAUAGGUUUAAUAACCCCCCCCUGACCAGGGGCCUGAGCAUGCAGGACCGGCUGCACCAGUCCCACUGUCCUGACAUGGGGAAUCUGGUGCGGGGACACAGUUAUGGUGAACUGCAGAAGUUACACUCCAUGAAUCGUCUGAGGAUGGGGACCAGGGACCUUGGAAUACCGGACAGGACCGGAUCGAACCUGAUGCCAACAAACAGGUUGUCUCAGCAGCAGCUGCGGCAUCACACUCGUUACGGUGCAGAUCAGAAUCUGAUACCGUUCAACUCGGAAACGUCACUGCACAAGUGGAAGAUCGACUCGUACUUCAACGAGAGCGAUUUGCCUCCAGAUGCAUCAUAUGACGCCAUCUCUCCCAUGACCUCCCCAUACAGCAGCCACACGGGCUUGAACGAGCUGCAGUCACAGGUGAUUCACAACCGGUCGAGGGACAUUAAGUCCAGGAUGGAAGAAAUGAGGCAGAAGAGGCUCAGUUUGCAGGAAUAUGCUAAUUUGAGGCAGAGCCAAGAAAGCUUGAAGUUGAUGUAUCCCAGUCUAGAGAGACCGAAGUUUGGGUCUUCGUUGAGAAAUCUGGACAAGAUGCAGAGCGUGGCCGAAUCAGAGCCACAUGCACAAAAUGGUGCUGACAUGGAAUCAACCAACCAGAAAAUCAAUGUCCCAAGUAAGGAAGGCGACAAAAGACAGACACUGCAUACGUAUGACUGGCGUGAGCCUCUGACCAGAACAGUGUCAGCUGCUGAGUUAGACGUGAAGCUGAACGAUCCUUCACUCAAACCCUCUCAUGUGCAGUCCAGCAGUAUCCAGCACUUAAGAGCCAUGGAGUCUUUGAUUGAGAUCCCUGAAGAAAAAGACAGUUCAAACUCUCGUGUCAACACUUCGGACAAAGUUGUGCUCGACAACAGAAAUGAGGAAAUAGUUGUUCCAGAAGUAAACCCUGUGAAAUCAAGCUCAGCUGAAGAGCCACAACGUCGGGAGGAAGCCAGAGGAAGUCACGGUUCUAUCGGUAAAGUAGCCAACAGUUCUAAAUCUUUGAAAGAAAGAAAGAAAUCAGUAGAAAGCAUUCCAAAGAUAUUGAACACAUCUUCGGGGUCUCAGCCUGCAGUGGAGGGCAAGAGCAGUCACACGGAAAAACGACGAGAGGAGCCGACGCUGCAGAGGAAGAAUUCCGUGAGGAUGAAAGUGCAAUCGUUGCUUUCAUCUGACGAAAAGAAAGCCUCCAAAAAAGAGGAGAAGUCUCUCCAGAGGAAGGCCUCGCUGAGGUCGCAGAAUCCCUCAGGACCGAGCCAGCCCCUCAGGGCGGACCAUUCCCAGGGGUCCUCCGCCGGGCAAAUAACAAAGAAAGGUCAGUCGCCCAGUGUCUCCAGGUCGCAGCAGGCCAGUAGUCCAACUGACGCCGAGAGGAAUAAAUCUGCAUUCGCAAGAUUAUCUCCUCAACGUUCCAGCAAGAGAAAGACGAACCCUGCAGCAGAGCAGGAUCGGGGCUCCAGGAGCACCCUGAGCGACGAGGGGGCCACCGUCUUUCAGACCAGGAGAGAGAAAGCCUACAGCCGAUACGAGUACCUGCUCAGCACCGAGAGCAGGACCACGAGCAUGUUUCCCUCCGACAAAGACAGAGGCACGAGUCCCGUUCAUGGACGGCCUGACUCAGGAUACUCAAUGUACCAGACGCAAAGCGGCUCUGAAAACAAAUUGGGAAAAUUCAUGCAGCGAGUAGGAAAUCUUAUAGGCAAGAGUAAGUAGAGAUGCAGGAGGAGUGAAGGCAGGAAGGAAGGCAACAUCUGUGAGGGUUCAUUACUGGAUCUGGUUUUGCCUCCGACACAGACUGGAUAUGAAUCUCUGAUGUUUUUCAUAAAGCGGGUCAGAGCUUACGUGGGAAAGUGUUUAUCACGGAGGUUAAAACACAAGAUGUUCUGGUACAAAGUGUUUCUUUAUGACCCUGGAAUCAGUGUCACAUUGGAAGUUAUUUAUUCAUAAUGUUAAAGGAGACAUAUUCAGGUUGAUCUUUUUGAAUUUCCUCUAAUGUACAGAAAACACCAUUUUAACUUCGGAGAACUUUUACAUUCACAAAAACAAUCACUGGAGGAUAGAAACACUGGACAAACAUCAUGAAUACGACAGCAGCGCUUCUAGAUUGUAAAGAAAUAUUAACAAUACUCUAUAUUAAUUGUGUCUGUUAUUUAAUAAUGUUUAGUUUAUGUAGGAAUCUGGUGAAAUUCUGUAUUUCUACAAGUCUAAAAAACAACAAAAAUGUGGCUCCAGAACAUCCAAUAACUGGAACUUUAGUUUUACUGAAUUUUUUCUGUUAAACGAAUCUUUCUACUGAUGUGUGUGUUGGAUUCCAACAUCGAAUGCAACAAUGUCUUGAUUUACAUGUGUUCAAAUAUAAAGUACCAGGUGGAAAAAGCUCAGAUCUUUAAGACACCGUGUUUCUCACGCACACUUUAUCAUCUGCAGAUUUUCACUUGACUGUUUCAUUUCACAUCAGAAAACCAAAGUGUUGAACUGACUUCAAAUGGAGGAAGGGCUUUCUAACUUCAGGACAGUGCCUCUUACGUCGU